AUGUCUGCUUUAGCCCAGUUUAUACUCUGUUUUGUCGUCUUACAGAUGUCUGCAGAGAUCUUUGCUGCUAAUCAGUGUUCUGGAGUAUGUAUUUAAACUUAAAUAUCAUGUCUAUUAUCAUUGGUUCGUUAAAGUAGGCGAUUAAAACGCCCAACAGAAAUUAUGUAAUCAGUUGCCACAUGUUAAGGUUAUAGCUAUAUGUAUAAUACAACAUGCAAUCAUUUCUAAGUCGAGGCGAUAUUACUGCCGUUAUAUUUUUUCAGCAUUUCUUACAUGUUCCAUGCAUUUGCCAAUUUCGUAAAAUUUCCAGCCUUGUUUUUGAUCUUCAAAUUUCGACACCUUUCCUAAACAGUGCUAUAUAACUAAGAAUUUUCUUUUACUUCAGAACUUAUGUGAUCAGUUAACACCAAGAAGUUGUUUGGAUCAUUUAAAGCGAUGCUCAACAAGUGAGGGGAACUACAAAAUCUACAAUGAAAACGAUAAUUGCUUAUAUAGUGUUUACUGUGACAUGGUACCAGAGACCGCGGCAGCCUGGACACUAGUGGAAUCAUUCGCUCUCUCACACAAAGACGAGGAUCCAUUCAGGAAACACCCGUUCAAGACGAAUGCUCCAGUCAAUAAGAAAUCUGCAAAUUUCAACCGUUAUAGAAUGAGCCAGCCUCAAAUGAGCAGUUUGAAAUCUGUUUCUACUCACUGGCGAGCUACAUGUAGUUUUCCUAUUGACGGCAUCGAUGGACGUGAUCAAGCGAGAGCUAACUUUCAGGAUUUCGAUAUCAUGACGUUCCUCGGUAAUGGUGUAUGUAAACCAAUGGAAUAUGUCAACAUCCGUGGUAGGUCUAAUAUUUAAACUUUCACAUUGAAGAACAAUGAGAAUUAUCGCUUUCUAGGUUGAUGGUUUUAUAUAUAAAUAUUUUUGUUUCGCAAAUAUUUAACUAGUCUACUCUGGUUAAAACGAAAAAAAACUUUGUUCUGAAUAACAAUGAGAUGAUGACCUCUUAAUACAAAUCUUUGACUUCCUGAGGUCUUCUCGCCACUCCCUUUCCUUUCAAUUUGACAUACAUAUAAAAUACAAACAUACCUAAAUUUUACUACAAUAAUCAAUGUAAAUAACUGAAAAAAGUGGUAAAUAAAUUGAAUUGAAUAGGUCCCUUGUAAACAAAGAGUUAAAAGACUGUUCACUACGAAACUGUCUUUGUUCGAGAACCAAAAAAAACACAUUCAGUUUAAAAUUCAUUUUUUGAAUGGAAGAAGUGCGUAGACUAUAUAUGCAAAACUAUUUCUCGUGGAAGAAAACAAAAAAAAUAUUUUGAUGAAAAAAUUCUCCUCGUCUUAAAUUUCUUUAUAUAUUUAUCCUAUUAUCGACUAGAAUAUUGCAUGCUUCCUCGAAUCCUCGUGCAAUUUGAAAAAACACAACACAGACUUGUGAGUAUGUCUGAUCUGCAUGUGUGCCAAAUAUCACUUAGUUUCGCAAGAAUGUUUUGCACUGAAUUUUGAUUCUAUUUGCAUAUACAUUUCAUGCAUUUCUUUUCAAAUUGCUACACUUAUUAUCCUAAUAAGUUCUUUGUAAAGAUGAUCCAAUUACAUUACAGUAUAUACUGGAUAUAAAAAUUACACAACCUAAACCGAUCGUAAGUGAACACCGAUAUAUAUAUAUCAAUGGAAUAAUCUCCUUUCUUACGUUAGGCCAUGAAUGUGUCAAAUGCACUGCAAGAUGGUGGGCAGCUCUCAAUGCAUACAUGCAGUCAACAUAUUGACAGUUCACAUGGUGGUUGUCAGUUUGUUCCAACUGCAGGCGCUGUCGCAGGUGAAGACAACUUUGGUUUCCCAAAAAUCAUCAACCCCAACUUUCGUUGUCAUGAAAAUGUUAACUCGACCACGAACUGGUGGUUCGGAGGAUAUCAAUGUAGUUAA